ACUGUGUGUGUAAACUCUCUGCUCCUCUGUGCUUUGUUGGUUCAUUGCACUUGUUGUGUAAGUUGAAAGUGAAGUCUAUACAGUGCAAGACUUUGGUCAAGGAAAAGAAAACGGACAAUGAUGAAUCCACUCCCACUGCUCCUCAUGGUGGCAUUAAGUGGGUAUUCCACUGCAGCACCCACUGGUUGUUCCACGGCUACACAGGUGGUACAAGUGGCAGCAGAUGUUGUCUUCCUUCUGAAUGGAUCUGGGAGUGUGGCUGCAGACCAGUUCUUGAUCAUGAAAACGCUUGUGAAGAAUAUGACCAGGAGUCUCCUGCCGUAUGACACAUUAUUUGCCUUUGCACAGUACUCCAGUAGCUUCACCACACAUGUCAACUUCAAUCAGUUUGAUAGAACAACAUUUGAAAGUCAGGUGAACAGUAUUGUCCAGACCCGGGGAGGCACAUACCCCACAUGGGAUAUGGGGAAAGUUGUGCAAGAAAUGUUAAAUUCUUCAGUUGGAGCAAGAGCUGAUGCCAAGAGAUUCCUCAUCGUCAUCACAGAUGGGCAGUCGUGUGAUUCUGCAAGCUAUCCCAGUGUUGCAGCGCAGGCUGAUGCAAGCAACAUCACUAGAUACACUAUUGGGGUUAGCAGUGCAGAACACAUGUUUAACGUGACCAACUUUGGGGGACUGCAACAAAUCAGGAAAUCACUGGAAAAGAAACUCUUGACUAUAAAAGAGGGGAUUGUGAAUUGUCCAAACCAAGGCAACCAAACUUGUCCGCCCACAUCUUCAAAUUCACCAACCCAAGCGGCAGAUAUUGUCUUUCUUCUGGAUGGAUCUACGAGUGUGAAAGCAGACCAGUUCAUUCUCAUGAAGGGAUUUGUGAAGAAUUUGACCAGGCGUCUUCUGCCGUAUGACACCUUAUUUGCUUUUGCACAGUACUCUGACCAGAUGACCAAACAUGUGAACUUCAAUGAGUUCAAUAGAACAGGUUUUGAAAAUCAGGUGGACAGUAUCGUCCAGAGACAAGGACACACACACACAGGAUACGCUGUUGAGAAAGUUAAGAAAUAUAUAUUUCAUGCCUAUGCGGGAGCAAGACCUUCUGCCAAAAAAGUCCUCAUUAUCAUCACAGAUGGGCAAAGCUAUGAUGCUUCAAGAUAUCCCAGUGUCGCAGCGAAGGCUGAUAUAGAAAAUAUUACUCGAUACGCUAUUGGGCUUGGCAGUGCCAGCCAGAUCGCAAAGAAACAGCUCCGUGCCAUUGCAUCCAAACCAGAAUCGGACCAUGUGUUUGUAGUGGACAACUUUGAUGCAGACACUUUGAUGCAGACGCUCAGCAACAUCAGCAAAGCACUGGAAAAUGAACUGAUUGUCUUUGACACACAAGUCGUGCCCACCGUUAAUGGGAAUGCUGAGGGUGCACCUUGUGUCUUCCCUUUCGUGUACUUGGGCACAAGCUACUCGACAUGUACUACCCUCAACCAUGACAAGCCAUGGUGUUCAACCACUAGCAACUUUGACGAGGAUGAGCUAUGGGGAGAAUGCUGCAUUCAAGAUGGGGAAUAAUUGGGCAUGUGACUGUAAAAAACAUUAUGUUUUAAUAAAGUAUAAACAGGUGAGC